ACAACAUGAGUGCUAAGCUGCAACGAUAGCUGUUCUGUGCCUAUCACCAAGAGCUACUAUGAACCAGAACGUAGUGACACUUUCAGAUUUAGAAAGUACAGUACUAGGUACAACUGCAGAGCUGGAUCCGCCUAAUUCCGGCAGCGAUUCCAUAUCGACGACCGUCAUUUUGCCUAGCAACGCUACGAGGCAAUUGUAUGCGCUAUAUCGAAAGGACUUCAUCAUAUCUAAGUGGAAAAGGCACUAUAUUGUUUCUACGUUCGAGCUAGGAUUGCUUACCUUGCUAAUAGUGACAGUUGUCCGCGAGCUUGGCGAAGCAGCUUGGGAAGGUCCCAAGAAAUAUCCUGUGCAACCUGCGUUGACAUCAAUCGACUUCGCAACACCGGCUCGUAAGCUACUGCAGAGUAACAUAUCUCAAAUUGCCUAUGCACCAAAAACAAGGUACACCGACACGGUGUUAUUGAAUGCUUUCAAGGACGCCAAGCCUCCACCAGUUUUUCAUGGCUUUGAUAAUGGGGAUAACUUCCGCAAAUAUAUGGAAAGCAGUAAUCGAACGAGUUUCCUUCUCAGCGUACUAUUCGACUACAAGACUGCAAUUGGUUUGUAUCCGCAAAACUUUAAUUAUAGUCUGCGCUUCAAUUCCGCCCAUUACGAGUUCUAUAUCAAGAAGAAAUUUGCGAAAUCUUCUGAAAAACCGAGGACGCAGUUCAUCACAGAAGAGGAAACACUGCUUCUCUGGCCCAGUAUGAACGCAUUGUUUAGAAGUCAUCUCGCUUUUCAUGGCCUAGAAGUCAAUGAAAGUGGCGUCGAAAGAACCGGAUUGAGCCCGAGCCCAAACAUCAAGUAUUUUCCCACUGCCAGGUAUUCUGUUAGUACGAGCACCCGUCUAGAAAAUAUUGGCUUUGUUACUUCGAUGGGAUGUAGUUUCUUCCUGCUUUUUUUCGUAUUGGGGGUAAUACGAGAGAAACGUUUCCGUGCAAAGGAACUUCUAUGCAUGAUGGGCGUUUCGGAGUUCGUGUACCGGACCAAUCUGUUUCUUGUUGGCUUUACGACUAAGGCAAUCCUAGUACUGAUAGCCUGGGUCUUGACCUGUUUUCCUAUCUUCGGUAAAGCGCUGUACUCCGCCUCUAAUAAAUUCGUCGUUCUCGCGUUCCUGAUGCUCUAUGCCGUGGCCAUCAUUCUACAGUCGUUACUUAUCACCGUGCCCUUCACUUCGCCUGCUAUGGGCGUCAUUGGCACACUGGUAAUAUCGUUCGUCUCGAUGGUGUUGAGCAGGGAACUUAGUGAUCCGGAACUCAGCACAUCUCGCUACAAGAAGCUUCACCUAUCGCUGCUUCCCGAGGUCGGACUUGAGCUAGGCUGUGAUAUAAUAGGAUCGUGGGAACGAGCCGGUAUUGGAGCACAAUGGACGAAUAUAGCGGAGCGCGCUGAGCCAGAGAACAUUUCGCUGCUUGACAUCAUUACUAUGAUGGUUAUAUCGUGUGCACUUUAUGCGUUUCUCGCCUUUUACCUUGACUCCGUCCUUCCGUGGCAGCAAGGCAUACCUAAACAUCCUCUGUUUCUAUGCCAGCGAACAUACUGGUGUCCUCCUCAAACAGAUGAAGAUGAAGAUGAUUUAUCAGGUAGCGUAAUCGAAGAUUCAGCCUUUCGUGCAAGAGUGUUCGAAAAAGAGCCAAGCAAUCUUGGCCGACCGGCCAUUGAAUUUCGUCGUAUUGUUCAUCAAUACCACUGUAAUGAUAAACCUGUUCUCGAUAACCUUUCGCUCAAACUGUACCGUGAUCAAAUAACAGUUAUUAUUGGUCAUAAUGGCUCUGGUAAAACGACGGCUCUGAGCAUCCUCGCCGGCUUGUUCCCGCCGAAAUCUGGCGAAGUUUUCAUCAAUAACUAUAACGUACGUACAAAUACGAAUCGAGCACGUCGGGGUGUCGGAUUAUGUCCACAGCAGAACGUAAUCUUCGAUGAGUUAACUGUAAAAGAAAAUUUGGAGUUUUUUUUAAUGAUCAAAGGUGCGAACGAAAUGGACGCUGAAACGGAAAUUAAUAAAAUUCUAUUUGAAGUUAAUUUGGAGGCUAAACAAGAUGUGCAAGCAAGCAAACUUACUACUGAAAUGAAACGAAAGCUUUGCAUGGCCCAUGCUAUGAUCGGCGGAAGCAACUGCCUGUAUUGGUUUCAGAUUCUCAUCCUUGAUGAACCUACCACUGGCUUAGAUCCUGAAGGAAGGCGGCAAAUUUGGACAAUACUCGAAAAGGCACGUAACGGUCGAACUAUACUAAUGACAACCCACCAUAUGGACGAAGCAGACGUUCUCGGCGACCGAGUCGCUUUCCUAUCAUAUGGUAAACUCAAGUGCGUCGGAUCACCAUUGUUCUUAAAGAAUUUGUACGAGACGGGGUAUAAACUGAGAUGUAUUAAGACCAACAUCGACGUUGAUGUUCAACCAACUCUGCAUAUUGUAAAGGGGCAUCUCGGCAGAAAACAGGUUCAACUAACGUCAGAUAUCGGACUAGAAUUCUGUAUCAAUCUCGGUACACCAGACGCCAUUGACCUGAUUCAACUGUUCCGGGAUCUUGAAGAAAGUAGACAGAGGCUUGGGAUCGGUAGUUUGGGCGUUUCAAUAACUACCAUGGAGGAUGUUUUUCUUAAAGUUGAUGAACUACAAGAUUCUGAGAAGCCGUCAAAUGAAUGCUCCCUGGAGCCGUUCCCUAAUUGUGUCUCAGAAACCGGAUGGACUCUAUACCGAAGCCAGUUUUGGGCUUUGUUUCUUAAGCGGGUUCAUCUUAUCAGACGUCAGUGGUCCAUGUUAAUCUUCUUGAUCGUGUUACCUUGUCUGCUCACGGGAUAUGUUGCCCUUCAGAUCGAAGCGGUUUUAGGUGAGCAGGCUGUUUCAGAGGCGCUUCUACUAAACUAUUCAUUUCCAUCGUUGGCCGACGGAAGAUCUUUGGAGGGCUUCAUACAAAAUAUGGCAAAAUCCCCGACGACUAACAAGGUGCCACUGAUAUACGCGAUGGAGCAACACGGUAUAAAAGUGAACCACCUUAACGUAGGAAUUGACAUCGAUAACUACCUACUCGAAAUAGCAAAGACCCAGCCACUGAGGUUCAAGGAAAGAUGGCAGAUGGGAGGUACGUCGAACCUUUCCGGAUUGAAAGAUGAUGUAUUGUGGUUCAAUGCGGAACCGUACCAUGUCGGCGCUACAGCGCUAGCUCGGUGGCAGACCGCCGUUCUAUAUGAACUUACGCAAAGCUCUAACAGCUUAAGUAAAAAUCUACCAGUUGGGGUGCAUGUCACGAACGAGCUGGUCGGCACUCCACCUCUGCACUUUUCUUCUGUUCGGAUCUUGUACAUUCGUACGAUGACGUUCCUACUCAUACAAUUAGCUACUAGUCUUUUGGUCAGCCCUGUGAUCUUCUUUCCUAUUGAGGAACGUGUAACUAAAUCAAGGCUGAUGCAAAAGAUGUCUGGCGUUCACGGAACGAUUUUCUAUGGGGCAUCGUUGUUUUUUGACUUUAUCGUCAUGUUGGUCUGUUCAUUCCUCGUAACGCUGGUUUUAGCUGUAUGCAAUCCCGCGGAGUCUCUCAGAAUUCAGACCGAUGCCAGCGCGGCUAUAUGGCUUCUCCUCAUUGAGUAUGGUUUCGCAAUGAUUAAAAUCGCGUAUAUGUUGGCCUAUUGGUUCAACUCACCCUGGACAGGUUUUACGGCGAUGGUGGCGGGCACUGCGCUUAUUGCUGGCGUCAUUGUUCCCAUCGUAACAUUCAUCAUAUUUCUCGGGAAUAUCGAGAAAAUCGGAGCUAUCCUCAAUUACGUUCCACAGUUCGCCGUUGUUUGGGGAUUUUCAAAUAUACAGCUCAACGUUCACUCGAAAAAGAUAUGUGAGAGCCUCUCCAAUAAAACACUGAUCACCUUCUGUGUUUCGCCACUGAGAAUUGAUGCCUGCUGCCAAUUAUGCUCUAAUCAAACUUCAUCGUCCGUAUACUGCUACGAACGAAAGAGCUCGUUUAGUGUCGUAGUUGACCAGAUGUACGCCCUUUUCAGCGUAAGCCUUAUAGCAUCGAUCGUGCUCAUUGUCCUUGAGACCUGCAUCCAACGGGGCUGUAACGCACCGAAAUGUCUCCAGAGGAUGCGACGAAGUGCAACAGGUAAAAUGCUGACUUCGCAUUUAACUAGCAUCGACCAUUUUUUAUUUUUAUGGAAAUUGGCAUUUAUUUUUACAGGAGAGACGAAAGUGCUAAGUGACGCUGAUGUUUUGGCUGAACAGCGAAAAGUCAGAGAUGCUGUCAGGGCUGGUAAGCAAGCUAAUUACGCUCUUUUAGCGCACGACUUAACAAAGGACUAUGGCUUAUGCUACUCGUUUCGAGCGGUUGACCAUGUUUCGUUUGCGGUUAAAAAAAAUGAAAACUUUGGCCUUCUCGGAGUUAAUGGCGCUGGAAAGACAACAAUAUUCGGCAUGCUUACGGGCGAUUUAACGAUGUCUGACGGGAAUGCUUAUAUUUCUCACUCGGAUCUACGGAGCUCGCGCACUGAAUACCAGAGCUAUGUAGGCUUCUGUCCACAAGUCGAUGACUUGCUUGGCGGCAUGUCAGGUCAAGAAAUGCUUGAGCUAUUUUGUGCCCUUCGAGGGGUGCGAUCUGAGCAGCGAGCCUCUCUCAUCGCGCUGAUAGUGACCCUUGCCGACCUCGAGCCGUACGCCGACAAGUUAAUCUCGACCUAUAGUGGCGGAAACAAACGGAAACUUGCUAUCGCUUUGGCGAUGAUUGGUAACCUUCCAGUAAUCUGCCUCGAUAAGCCAACAUCCGGCAUAGAUCCAGCUGCGCGUCGCAAGAUCUGGGCGAUGCUGGCCAAAGCACAGCGAGAACUAGGUACAUCUAUAAUUUUGAGCUCGCAUUCGAUGGACGAAUGCGAAACUCUCUGUGGGCGAAUGGCAAUUAUAGUCAACGGCACUUUCCGGUGUCUCGGUUCAUCACAGCAUAUUAGAGGGAAGUUUGCUCAAGGGUAUACACUUACAAUCAAAGUAAGGCCUUCUGACGAUGACGCUACUGUGGUUUCCGAUAUAUGCGCGCUUAUGGACCGUUUGUUCUCCAUGAAAAACCAACUCACCGAUGUUCAUCAGAACACAUUAACUUACUACAUCAAGGAUCCAAACCUUCGCUGGAGCGAGCUGUUUGAAGUCGUUAAAGAGCUGCAAGAACAAUUCAGUCUCGAGGAUUCUGUGGUAUCAGAUACAAGCCUCGAGCAAAUUUUUUUAGCGUUUGCAGCCACACAAGCGCCUGACGAAUCGAUCAGCACUUGAUGAUUAAGUGAAUAGAAACGUGCAGUUGCUGUGGUCAUUUUGCUCGCUUUUCUUAUUUCGGGCUCAAUUUUGACAAGUUAAUAAAGAAAUAGUUAGUAAAAAAAAAGGUUAAUAAAGAAAUAAAAGAAAAAAAAUAUUAAUACUUACUGUAUUUCCGUUACUUCUACCCAGAAAAAAUCCAAGAAUUAAAGGUUUAGUGAGUGUUAGAUAAACGCCCUAGCAGUGAAAACUGAUUGGCGGUGGAUAAUACAUAUCUACCUUUUUACUCUUACUGGCAGGAUUGUUGACUGUAACAACAAUAUAUUCAACGCUACCAAAUCUAUGGUUUCUAAGACUAUGGUUUCUAUUAUGGUUUCCAAAUUUUUUUCUUUGGAUACAUUAUUCGACUGUUUAGAAACCUUGUCCAGUGUUUACUCAAGUCUUAACGCAUUGAAACAAAGCUCAUUCAUUCUUAGUAUCUGGUUUUUUUACAGCAUUAUUAGGGAUUACUUUUUUUUAUAAAUGCUUUGAAAACGGCCUUUCCAUUUUCUUUCCCGUAUCUUCUUCUAUAAGUCUUUUCGUACCGGCUUUGCUGAAAUUGAGCGAUAUAGUGGUAUUAUUUUAUAUGAUUAUAUAUAUAUUAGUAUUUUUGUAAUUGUAACGGCAAUAGCUGGUACCAUUUGUUUUAAUUGCUCAUUCUAUUAUCUCCUCGAUCCGUGCAAUUCUCAG